UCCUCCUGCCGCCCGCGCACCUCUCCGCGCGGUCCCGGCUUCGCGGCUCGGCCUUCCGCUGCGCUCGGCUCCCGCAGGCGCUCGGCCCCGCGCCUCUCGGCCCCUGCCCCGCCGGUUGGACAGGGAAACGCCCAUGGCUGGGCCUACCACCCACGUUGCCCCCAUGCUGUUCCUCGCCCUCCUCCUGCUACUGGAGCUGAGCCUGGCAGUCUCCCUGGGACCCGGAAGCUCUGCUCGGAACCUCCCGGAGAAUCACAUCGACCUCCCAGGCCCAGCACUGUGGACGCCCCAGACCAGCCACCACCGCCGGCAGGGCCUGGGCAAGAAGGAGCGUGACCCAGGCACACCUGGCCGGGCCCAGGAUGGGGCUGUGGUUGCCACCACCAGGCAGGCCUCCAGGCUGCCAGGGGCAGGGGGGCUGCUGCCUGGGCAGAGUCCUGCAGGCCUGCUGCAGGACAAGGAUCUGCUCCUGGGGCUGACACUGCCCUACCCCGAGAAGCAGAGCCGGUCUCCAGGGUCAGAGAGGGUGAAGAAACGAGGCAGGGAGCACAAGAGACGUAAGGAGAGGUUGAAACUGCACAGAGGCCGAGCCUUGGUCAGAGGUCCCAGCUCCCUGAUGAAGAAGGUGGAGCUGUCAGAAGACCAGGGCCCAGAUGCCGCGAUGGAGGAAUCCUCCACCAGCCUGGCCCCCACCAUACUCUACCUCACCACCUUUAAGGCAGCACCUGCCACAGAAGAGUCCCUGAUCCUGCCCGUCACAUCCCUGUGGCCCCAGGCUCAUCCCAGGCCCGACGGGGAGGUGAUGCCCACACUGGACAUGGCCUUGUUUGACUGGACCGAUUAUGAAGACUUAAAGCCUGAGGUCUGGCUGUCUACGAAGAAGAAAGAGAAACACCGGGGCAAACUCUCCAGUGAUGGGAAUGAAACAUCACCGGCUGAAGGGGAGCCCUGCGACCAUCACCAGGACUGCCUGCCAGGGACCUGCUGCGACCUCCGGGAGCACCUCUGCACGCCCCACAACCGAGGCCUGAACAACAAAUGCUUUGACGACUGCAUGUGUGUGGAAGGGCUGCGCUGCUACGUCAAAUUCCACCGGAACCGCAGGGUCACCCGGAGAAAGGGGCGCUGCGUGGAGCCCGAAACGGCCGACGGCGACCAGGGAUCUUUCAUCAACGUCUAGCGGGCCGCGUGAGGCGCCUCCCUACCGGCCAGGGGACUGAGCGCGGGAGGCUUGGAGAAGCCGGGCAGUUUGUUUAUAACUCGCGGUGGCAGAUCAAAUGGGGAGGCAGAUGACUGAGGCUGCAGGCUCAGACCCAGGACACUCAGCCCCAGGAGGGGAGCCCUGGGCGAACUGCCCCCGCCCAGGAGCCGAGCAGCAGCACACCUGCAGCCACCACCCGGCCAAUGGGAGACCCACACCGCCAGCGCAUCCCGGUGUCCGCGUUCUCCGCGAUGGCAAUGUCGAGAGCGCCCUCUAGCCUCCGACCUCAGCACUGCAAUUGUUUCAAGUUCAAAAAGGAAGAGGUUUUCGAGCUGGAAAAGAAUGGAAACUCCCUGGGAGACGAGUACGAAGCACCUCCUAUGUACCAGGCACUGUGCUAAAUGAAGGGCAUACAUUAUCUCAUUUGUCACAUGGCCCUUUAAAGUAGGCAUAAUCACCAUUUUACAGGGGAGGAAACUGAGGCAAGGUUUUAUGACUUGUCCAGCGUCCCACAUCAGUUCUCCUCAAACCUUCACCUGUGUAAGAAUCCCCAGGGAUCUGGUUAAAAUGCAGAUUCCAAUUCAGUCGAUUCUGCAUUUCUAACAAGCUUCAGGGCAUGCCAGUGCUGCUGGACCCAAGACCCCACUGAAAGCACCAGGUCCUGGAGAGUCAGGGUGAAUCUGGCAUCUGAACCUGGGUCCGACCAGCUCCAAGGCCCACGUCUUUGGUCCUCCACAACUAAGGACGCAUUUCAGGUUCUCCACGGCUUUCGGUGAGAGAGACGUGUUCUCUAGUUGUUCCUUUCACUGUGGUGAAGGCUGGAAUAACCGACUCUUCUCUUCUUUCCCUGGACAAAGGUAUAUCAUUUAAAAAACAAGAGAAAAUGUGCAUUAAACACCUGCUUGCCUAUAAGGCAUGAUUUGCGCAGAUUGACCCCUGCCCUCUGGGAGCUGGUAUUCUGAGACAUGAAGUGUUUGGGGUAAACAGUAAAGCUGUCUCUUAUUUCUAUGGCCCCGCUCACCCCGUCCUGGGACAUGCACUUUGGAGUUGCCUGAAAGCUGCCACCCCAGGGGGGUUCUUUGGCUUUUGUAGUUCAUGUCCUUUGAGAAUCUAAGGCAAGCAUGGACUCAAAAAGUACGCACAUUGCCCGUGGGCACCCACUUUGCAUACGUCUUAGUGGUUCCCAGGCCCCGCAGAGACCAUCCCAGGACCCCCAGCCUACACUUCGGCAGCAGAGCCCACUGAGGAGGUGGGGCACCUCUCCUAACAGCUCCCCACAGGCCAGACUCACGAUGCCUACCCCAAACACCUCUCUGAGCAGAUGUGACUCUAGUGACCACCUCAGGAGAGCCACUUAAAUCCCCCCACCUGGCAUCUCACUCAGGACCUUCAGGUCCAGGGCAAAGAAGGUUGCAAGCCUUCUCCAUCCAGAGUCCUUGCUGGCCUGGACCCCAGCCGGGGGACCACGCCCACGAGAUGCCAGGGCUGUUUACUCCACUGGGAAAAUCAGUUGGGGGUCAAGGGUCCGGCACCAAGGAAAGCAGACAGAUCUAGGAGAAACCAAAUACACUGGCUCUUUUUGCCCUAUUCAAGUUCGACGGGCAUGGGAAUCUUGGGGAGAAGGGGGACUGCAAGAGAUCAAAGCCGGCUGUUUGUAAACUGAAUCCACUGGCAGUUUUGUCUGUUCGAGACCAGACAAGGCCCACACUGUGUGCCUCACAUGGAGUGGCAGAUUCGAGAUAGUGAUAGAACCCUAGCAGGGGUGGCUGCAGGCGGGGAACCCAGAAUUGCUUUUGUCUGGAGGGCAGCGGUUAGGCUAGCCCUGGGCCAUCAACGAUGGAAAACACCGAUCAGGACAAAGCUGAAAGGCCCCACAGAACUACCACUGACUACCAAGGGAGCUCCAUAGCUAGAAAGUCAAGGCCUAUCUCUUUGCCCUAGCUACUUGCAUUUUGCAUUUGCAAAGGCAGGGUGGGUGGAAUCCUCAUAACUCCAGAGUCAGGGAUCCCAGAGCCCCCUGUGUGUUUAACAAACCUCUCUACCAGGAAGUUCUUCCUUGGUCUAUCUUAAAUUUCUUUUGCUGGGACAUAAGCCAAUUUCCUCUAAUCCAGGGUUCAACAAACUGUUACUGUAAAGGGCCAGAUAAAUAUUUUAGGCUGUGUUCCGAUGAAAUGGUUUAUGGACACAGAAUUUCAUGUAAUUGUUACUUGUCACAGACCCAUUAUUCUUCUUUUGAUUUUCUAAAAUGCAAAAACCUCUCUUAACUUGCAGACUACACAAAAACAGGCCGUGGGUUGGAUUUGGCCCCCGGGCCACAGUUCGCAGAUCGCUGCUCUAAUCUGCUGGUCUCAACCUGGGCUGCACAUUAGAACAUUCUGGGGAACUUGCAAAUGUACCGACGCCCGAGCCCACCUGCAAAGAUGCUGGUUUAAUUGGUCUGGGUUGUCUCUGGGCUUCGUGCGUUUGCAAAGCGUCCAGGUGACUCUGAUGUACACUGGGCCCGAGACCCUUCCCUCGCCCUGCUGACUGCGCAGGUACAGCUGCCGACAAACGGCCUACUACACCGCUCGCCACCUCGGUGACCUUAGGAAACUUAGUUAAGAUCUCUGUGCCUUGAUUUCUUUAUCUGUAAAAUAGGGAUAAUAAAUCUUCCUUCAUAGGGGUGCUGUGAGAUGUAAACACAAAAUCCUGGUCACAUGCUUAGAACAGUGGCCGGCACAUAAUAAGCCCUCAGUGUUAGCUAAUUUAUUUUUAGGAUGAUUUUAGUAGGUGUUCUGUUUUUUGAGAUAACAUCCGUCACAUACUCAGAGAUCACCAUUCAGGCUCCUUUCCCAAGGCGUGUCCCCCGGAACACGGGGGCCGUGAGAUGCUCCAUUAGGAGAGAGGGGAUGGGGUUCUGGGUCAAAGAGGUUUGGGAAACUGCUCUGGACCCAGCCCGAGGCAGCAUGUACAGAUUCUGGCCACUGAGGCAGAGCUGCAGGUGUCAGUGGCUUUGCAAUAACAACAAGAUCGGAGCUUUCUAAAAAUACGCACCCCACCCCCCCGGGGCCAGGAAGAGCCGAGCAGGAGGCCAAGUGGAAACCAAUAGCUGCAGGGACGGUCACCUGUGACCCCUGCAUUCCUCCUGCGGGAGUCUUCCAGCCACUCCCCAGAGAUACCCACCGUUCCCAUGAGGCUGCCUUUCUGGGAUUUGUCUGCCGAUGCCAAGAGGGGCUCCUGAGCCUGUUGGGAAUGAGUGAAGGGUCAGAGGACGUGAGAGCCAUGCCACGUGGGAACGUGACAGCUUUACCUGCCCCUUGUGGAGUCACGGAGCCACGAGUCACCUCCCAGAGCCACGAUCCCUUCCACCACUGAGAAGUGGCAAGUGGAUGCUUCCUUCAAGCCAUAUUCAACACAUCCAAUAAAAUCUGAGGUCAAGAUGGUGGGCAUCAGCUCCCUGGAAGGGGAUCCGCUGUGCAGCUGGAGAGACAGCGAACAUACAUGCAACCUGCAAGGAACAUGUUUAUAAAACAACAGAACAGCAGGGAAAAAAUACGUGCUGGAAGAGACGGCGGGAAGGGGCAGGAAGAUCAAACCAUUUAGGCUACUCAUGGGGGGUUUCAUGGGCUUGGAAGGUGCACCAUGACCUUUGAGAUGACCUUCACUCCUAUGGGAGACAACAGGGUGUGUGCUGGGGAGGGGUGACGGGAUUUGCCAAUCUGAAGAGCCAGGGGCUUCCAUUGCAGGGAGUGUAUUUUCUGAAUCCUAAGUCAGGAUGGGUGGUCUGAUGGAGGAUAAGCAGCCUCUUCUGGAAGCAAGAGGCUUUCUGGUCCCUCCAUCCUUUUUUGUUGUUAUUGCUGUUGCUGGGGCAAGGACUAAUGACUUUAAUUGAGAAGCCAGCAAACGAGAAGAUGGUGAGUGUGUGCCCCAAAGAACCAUCUUGCCAGAGUUAGAAUUCAGGCUCCUUUUAUACGAAAAGGGGAGCGAGUAAAGUCAAACACUUCCUGGUUCCCAUCAGCCUCCAGAAGGGAUGUGUUAAUUUCUUCCUCCCUGCAGUCAUUCACAGAUGGGCCUGGUCAGAAUGUUUCUUGUGAGCUAAACAAAGGUAUUUUAGCUUAAUCCUCAUUAUCUGGGAAGCAGGGUUCCCAGAGAUGGGCCAUUGUGUACAAUUUGAGCUUAUAGGCAACAUCCCUUUAGUGAUGAACUUGUAAUAGGAUACAAAAGGCUCUUCCCUAUUACAAUUCCCCACGGUCAA